AUGAAAAACCGCAUGACUGUUGGACCUCAUCAUGAAUUACACUAUCAACUGCAGGAGGCGCUCUGUGGGUUUGAGCUUCCCGUGCAGCACCUCGACAGGCGUCUGCGUGAUAAAGAUUCGUGCGGGCAGGUGAUAGACCCCGGGGCGGCGUGGGUGGUACGGGGCGAGGGGAUGCCGCUUCAAACACGGGCGGACUGGACCGCGGCAACCUCGUCUCACUUGAGUGGAAUACCCGACGCAGCUGAGCGCACAGCACAAGAGCACCAAAGCGUUGGGCGUGACGGAGUGUUCCUGCGGGUCUGGGAGAGGUUGACGCUAAGCGCGUAA